AUGCCUCCAAAGAAAAGAAAGAUCGAAGAAGAUUCUACUAGUGAACCACCAAAAUAUGUAGCUGGUAAAGUGGCGAGACAUGGAGCUAAUCCUCCUAUUGAUUAUUCAGAUCCUUUAAAACCAGAUUCCGAAUUGUAUAGAGACGAUUGGUCCAUCUCUAGAUUUAAUUUGUUUGUCACAUACACGUUAGAUCAUUUGAGGGAAACAUAUCCAACAAUUUUCAAAGAUUUUAUUAAGUUACCAAGUAGAAAAUUUCAUCCUCAGUACUAUUACAAAGUUGAUCAACCUAUCUCCAUUAAUGAAAUCAAGAACAGAGACUAUGAAUAUGCGGAUGGUACUAGAAAUUUUCUAUUAGAUGUAGAACUGUUAGCGAAGAAUUGUGCCUCUUACAAUGAAGAAGAUAGUUUAAUCGUAAAAAAUUCUUAUCAGAUGGUUAAUUAUAUUCAGUAUGAGGCAUUGAAGGCUAAAAAUGUUGAAAGAAACUAUGUCAUCAAUGAUACUAUUAAAACUAGAUUACUUUCCCUUUUAGAGACUCUCAUUGAGGCAACAGCUAAGAAAAUAUAUGAUACUAUUCCUGAUUUAAAGGUAAAUUUACAAGAUUCUGAGAAUGAUGAUUUUCAAAUGAGUGAACCCUUCAUGGAACUUGUUGAUAAAGAAGAACUACCGGAAUAUUAUGAAGUUAUUCAUAGACCAACUGCGCUAAAUAUAAUUAAGACGAAUUUAGAAAAUGGUCAGUACUCAAAAAUUUAUGAUUUUAUCACAGAAGUAAAUCUGGUAUUCGAUAAUGCAUUUGUGUUUAAUAACUCGACCUCUUUAAUCUAUCAAUCAGCAAAGGCACUUUUAGAAUAUUUCACGUUCACAUCUUUAAUUAUGUUCAAUGAACUGAAAGAUUUGAAAGAUCAUGGUGAGUUAUCUUUAGAUAUUGAAAAAAAUGAAUACGAAAAAUAUUUAGGGGAUCGUAAAGUUGACGAAAGACAUGUAAUCCAUGAAGAAUCUGAUGAUGAUUUUGAUGAUUUCAACCAUGUAGAGGGAUUGGGAAAUGGUUAUACACGUAAUAUAUUAACUGAGGAUUAUUUACUUGGUCCAGACCGUGUCGAAUCUAUGAAGUCGAAAUUUUCUGUUUCGAACCAAACACCAUCUUUAAUUGAAAAGGUUAAUAAGCAUGUAGAGACCCCUAAAUUUAAUAUUCUAAAAUCUUUAAAGAAUGAAUCUGAAUCUGUUUCGGAACAAUUCAAAAAGGAUAAGAAAAUAUAUGAACUAAUAGAAGAAAUAUCGAUUUUUUCAUCGAAAGGUUUGUAUACACAAGGGAUAAAUCCAAUGCAAGGGUCGAAACCCUCAUCUACACAGAAUUGGUUGGAAUUUAAUUUUAUUGGUAAGAAAUUAAACCAAAAUGAAAAUACAUUCACAAUUUCGCUUGAUCCAAUUCAAACUUUCUUAACACUUGUGGCUAAAAUUGGUACUUCAAAUCUAGAAUCGACGUUACGUUUAAAUAAUGAUAUCAUAAAACCUAGAGUGGAGAAUAAGAAACACCAACCUACGAUACACCUAAAUACCAACUCUGGUAGUCCCUCCGUGCAAGAUGAAAAGAAUGAUAAUAUAAAUGAUACAGAAAUACACACAGAAAAUUUUGAUAUUCGUUUGAACGAAGGGCUAAAUCUAUUGGAGUUUAGUUGCGAAACUAAAAAUGGUGAAGUUGAAAAUAAUAAUGUCUUGUCUAAAGAAACUAUGAAAUUCUGGAUUAAUGUCUUCCCAUAA